AUGGAUGAUAUAUAUUCUCAAAUGACUGAUAAAUUUAAUUGCGAUUCUUCAAAUAGAACAGAUGAUUACUUUAUGCAAGUUUGCCAGCCAUUAUAUUCAAAUAGAUGUUAAUAGAGAGAAGAGAUUGAAUUCAAAUUUAGACAAUCAAAAUAAGAUUAUGUGUUUCCUCGAAUACCUUUUGAAGAAACACCUGAAAAAUAUUAAACAAUUGAAUCUCCUCAAAGAUUAAAAACAGAAGGAAAUGAGAAAUCAGAGGAUCAAUUAGAUCUAAAUUUUAAUUUCAAUAGUUCAUCAGAGCAUUUAUCAGAUGAUGCAGUAGUAUUAUAACCAAAACCUUACUAAUAAAAAUUAAAACCUCCUUAACCUAAAAAGAUCAAAAAUGCAGCUACUUAAUAAACCUAUAGAACCAUCUUAAAUGAUUUAGAAAGAAAGUUGCAUACAAUUAACUGCAAAGAUUUUGUUAAGAAAAAAUGGGAAUAAAAAGGAGCCUCCAGAGCAAAGAGCAAUUCCAAUAGUACAACACAUUAUAAUAGCCAUUAUCAACGGAAGUAUAAGUAAAAAAAAUCAAAGACCCUUUGAAAUAGAUACCAAAACCUCCUCUGUGAAGAAGUCCAUUCCAACUGAAUCUAAAAAGUCUCUUAGUAAAACCAAUCUAGCAGCCAUUUUAUCAAAAUAGAAAAGUAAGAGUAAUCCAUCCAAGACCAACAACAUUUUUAAUGUUAAUAACAGUCAUAUCAAUCUUAAUGUUAAUAUUAAUAGUUAAACCAUGGAUUUACAAUAAUAAGCUCUAACUGUUGCAUAAAUAUUACAAAAAAAAUAAUUACUCAAUAGAUCAUCCUUAUCCAGUUAUCAGAGAAAUUCUAAUCGAUGUUCUACUGAACCUAUGGAAGAAAUGAAAGCAAGGCUAUCAAAUAAUAAUUAAAAAAAUAAAACUACUAUUACUAAUUAAUCUAGAUGUAAUACUGGAAUGGAUGUCAGAGCCUAAAGCACUAUCCAAUACUUAAAUCAAAUGAAAAAAUAAUAAAUUAAAAAGCAUUAAAAAUAGUAACAUCAAAUUGUUCAAUAAAAAUAACAGCCUACUAUGCAAAUUAAGCCUUAAUAAAAUAUAAAAUAGUAAAAAUUUAUAAUAUUAAAGGAGAUCUAGUACAAAUACUUCAAAACCAAGAAUUUCAUCUGGUUAAUAUAAGAAAUAUAAUUUAUCUAUAGAAAUGAAUUGA